CGUUUGCUUAAAAAAGGCGGUCUGAAAAAAUGGAUUUUAAUCAAAUAUUUUUGGUUUUUGUGGCUAUUGUGCUGGUGAAUUACCAGCCAUUAUCUGCCGGUGAUUCCAAUAAAAUGCUUAACAGCAAGUAUUUGAAUAUUAUUGCGCAUUCAAUGGAUGCACUUGUUGAUCCCUGUGAGAACUUCUAUCAACAUGCCUGUGGCAAGUGGCAAGAAUACUACAAAGUGCCACAGGCGAAAUACACCGAAAUGUUAGGCAAGGCCAGUUACCUUGCCAGCACAGAGCUUGGGCGGUAUUUGAAAAGAGCCAAGGUGGAUGACAAGCCAGCUUUUGUGCAAAAGGCUGCGAAACUAUUCAAAUCCUGCUUGGAUAUGGAAAAUUUUGAUCAUCUGCGUUAUGUGAAAUGGAUGAAGGAACAGGGAAAUCUGACGUGGCCCGUGCCGGGGAAACCUCGCACAAAGACUGACAAAUUCGAUUGGGUCAACACUUUGGGUGUAAUGAGAAGAUUUGGCCUGAACGGCAUCCUCAUUGAAGAAGACCUGCAAGAAAGGGAGGGCGAGGCCAACAGAAUGCUGAUCUAUUUGGAUAAGCCAGAAAAGGGUGACAGUUUUGACUUGCUGACUUAUCAAAAUUUGAAAGACCUCACGCAAAGCAUGUCUGUAGCUCUGACUGCCAUAUCAUUUGAGACCUUGUGGGAGGAAAUCAGUGACAUUGAGGAGCGAUUAUUGGAAAUGAACGAGAUUGAAGCGAAUGAAAUUGAUGCCCAUCCAAUUGAGGUUAAGGACUUGCCCUAUCCGUGGAUGUACAAGUAUCUGUGUACCCUCCUAAAUCGCACAUCAUUGGAUCCCCACAUGGAAGUCUAUAUUCUCAAUACCCCCUAUAUGGAAGCCUUAAAUAGCCUAGUCAAAGACUUUAAGGGCUAUCAUAUGUGCAAGUAUUUAGGCAUACGAUUUCUAUGGCAUUUGCAUCAGGACUCCCCCACCGAAUUUCGAAGCUGGGAAUGUGCCGCCGCGGCUCGUAGUCUCAUGCCAUUGGCCAUGAAUUGGAUCUACGCUGGACAACACCCAGAACUCAAUGCGAUCACCACAGAGAUUCAGACAAUUUUCAACGAAAUUGUUUUUGGCUUUAACCGAACUUUAAACGAAAAUAAGAUGCAGCUAACGGAUCAUGCCCUUCAUUUUCUAAUGGUGAAGUUAAAUACUCUACAGCUGAAAGUGGGCAACCUUCCUUUGCAAGGUAGUGUGGAAAUUUUGGAGACCUUCUACAGCAACACUGACUUGUCACCCGUUGACUUUUAUGGAAAUCAUUUGAAAUUAUUGGAAUUCUUUUUCAUAGCUAAACAUUCUUAUCUGGAGGCUGAUUCCUCACCAUCGAGUUCAAAUCAAUAUUUCUAUUUGGAAGAUUCCGAGGAUGGACAAAGUGCGUCUCCAUUUUAUGUAUCACGCAAGAACAUUGUACUAAUCCCCUUUAUGGCCUUACGAGAACCGGUUUUUCAUUUGGACUAUGAUCCCGUCUACAAAUACAGUGCUCUGGGCAGUGUUAUUGGCCAUGAAAUUUUUCAUGCCUUUGACUACACCCACCUUCAGAUUGAUGCCAAUGGCAACGACAAUCAUCGAGAGUAUAAGCAAAUUUUGGAUAGCCCGUUUUUCCACGACAAUUAUCAUCAUUUGCUGGACAAUUCGGAGUCGGCUGAUGAAAGACUUUCCGACAUCAGUGGUUUGAGAUAUGCCUAUGAAUCCUUUGUUGCUCAGUAUCCUGCAGCCGUCUCCGAGAAAAUAUUUCUUCAUGGCGAACAAAAGGAGUUGGUGAAAAUAUUCUUCCUAAAUUUCGCUCAAUAUUACUGUGAUUCAGAUCCAGACUCGGAUGAUGAACAUGGCCGUAUCAGUGAUCGUGUUAAUGAGGCUUUGGCGAAUUUAAAGCAAUUCUCUGAGGUCUAUAAAUGUCCUGACCAAAGUAGAAUGAAUCCGUCUAAAAAAUGUGAGCUAUGGUAGGGAUGAAAAUUGUAUCGGCACGUAAAAAAAAGGAAAAAUAAAAGUAAAAUUACCACAAAACAGAAAAGAAAGAACAAUGAUUUUACAUUGACAAAUAAGCCCAUGUUAGACCAUGUUGUGGUGCAAUCGUUGUGAAACUUUACAUGUAAACCGAUAAGGAAAGGUAAAAAUAGGGCGAUGCCGACCGUAUAAUUCCCUACCUCUAACCUAUAAGUACAAAGUGGGAGUUACAUAUUAUUCUAAACUAAUUUUGAUGGAACUCGCCGGAUAUUUUCCGAUGGGUUAUUGAACAAUGCGUAUCACAUUUCGAUCAAAUAUUUUGAAAUAGUAAAAACUACGGUUGACAAAUGACAACAUUAUUGCAAAUUGCCCAAAAUCUGACGAACAUAUAUAUGGAAGC